AUGGCAAACGCGUUAUGUCGUCUCCUGCCCAACCUCGGCGGUCCAAGUGCAAAAGUUAGGCACUUGUACACGAACACCGUCCGAUCGGUGUCGCUCUAUGGGGCACAAAUUUGGGCGGGCGACCUGGUUGCCAACAAACGCGCCUUUGCCCUAGUUAAAAGGGCGGAUAGGCGCAUGGUCAUUAAAGUCGCCCGGUGUUACCGGACGGUGUUGUAUGUGGCGGCCACGACCCUGGCGAGGGUACUCCCGCUCGACCUGGUCGCUAAAUCGCGUGCCAAAUCGUAUCGGUGCGCGAUAAAGGUCGGACGGAGCGGUAUUUCCCCCGAGAACAUCUCCAGGAAAGUGGCGAAAGAGAAGGCCAGGGCCCGGAAGUGGGCGCUCAGGGAGUGGCAACACCGACUGAGCGAACACAAUAUUCCGGGUCUACCUGGAUUAAGGACCGUCGAGGCCAUUCAGCCCUGCCUACUGGAGUGGGUAGGUAGGAGGGGAGGAGGAGUUUCCUUCAGGAUAGCGCAGGUUUUCACCGGGCAUGGAUGCUUUGGUGACUACCUGUGCCGGAUAGGGAAGAAGCCCACCACGCGGUGCCACCACUACGCAGCCGGCCAGGACUCGGCGCAGCAUACGCUCGAGUUAUGCCCGGCGUGGGCUGAUGAGCGUUGGGUCCUGGUUGAAGUGGUUGACGAAGACCUCUCCCUCCCUUCCCUUGUUAGGGGAAUGUUGGAGGGAGAAGAUGUUUGA